AUGAAAUGCAUUUGGUUUUCUAAGGCAUUCCUCUGGGGAUUCGUGUGCCUGUGCUUGAUGUCCAGCUAUCUAGAACUUGAACUCGGAUCAUCGAUUUGUUUGCUCAACAAAGAAUUAUUAAGCAACAGCCACACAGAAGCAGAGUGUUCUAGAGGCUGCCAUGGUCCCCCAACGAGCAAGACAGACAAGAUCCCACAGGCCCUCAGGAUGGAGUGUGCACCUCCCGCUGGUGGCGGCUCGCAGCAAUGUCUGAAGAGGCCAGGGCGGACACCCUCUCUGCACACAGUGGCUGGGGGGUGUGCGCUGUCUCAGGGGCUGGCCCACACCUUUCUCUUUGAGGUCCAGGGCUAA